AAGGCGCGUGACUUGACGGUUAUGUGGUAUAGGGACAGGUGGCCUCUCCGGUUAGGCACGAGCUGCUGUUGUUCUUAACACAAAGAGAGAGCAGAGCCGGAGAAACUCUUCAAAUUCACGUUCAAAUGAAAAACAUGAACACGUUACGGUAAAUUCAAACAUUAUCCGCUAAAUUAAAAAAAUAAUGUUUAUGACGGGUUUUGCGUGAAAUGUCCGAGUCCGACAAAGGAGACAAAUUCAACAGAAACUGCGCAGUUUAAUGGGAGCCGUGACCUGAGCAGACAUGCCAGCUGACGACAAGGUUGCCAUCCUGACGGACGACGAGGAGGAGCAGAAGAGGAAGUAUGUGUUGGCCGAGCCGUUCGAUGCGCUGUCGCAGGGGCAGCCGGCCGGCGUUUCCGCCAACACGCCGCCGCCGACCGCGGGCACGCCGCCCGAGCAGCUGGGGGCCCCGCAGCCCGCCUCGAUGGACUGCUGCGAGAGGAUGUGCCUCCGCAUCAACAGCCGCCUCCUCAUCUCCAAGGUUUUCUACCUCUUCUUCUACGCUGCGUACGGCUCGCUGCACCCGCUGCUGGCGCUGUACUACAAGCAGCUCGGCAUGUCGGCCAGCCGCAGCGGGCUGCUCGUCGGCAUCCGCUACUUCAUCGAGUUCUGCAGCGCCCCCUUCUGGGGCGUGGUGGCCGACCGCUUCAAGAAGGGCAAGAUGGUGCUGCUGUUUUCCGUCCUGUGCUGGCUGGUGUUCAACUGCGGCAUCGGCUUUGUCAAACCAGCGGAGAUGAUGUGUGUGGUGGUUGGCGGCGAUCUUCCUACGACCGCGGCGGCGCCCCAGACGACGACUGUCCCGCACGGCAACUCCACCAACCGCACCAGAAAUCGCCGGAGCUUUCUAGAGCUCACCGGGCUCCCUGAGAUCCUGGACUCCCAUUUCAGCACGCUCCGCAGGCCCGAGCGAAGCGCAAACUUCAACGCCACUUCCGUUCCCUUGGAGCCGGCCAGCACUACCCGGCUGGCGCCAAACACCACCCUCCCCACCACCACCACCACCACCACCACCGCGACCCCCCCGGCUCCGACCAAAGCCACGAAGCACCAGAUCGUCUACAACAAGGACCAGGUAGAGAGCAUCUUCCUGCUCAUCCUGCUCGUCGUCAUCGUCGGCGAGUUCUUUAGCGCGCCGGCCGUCACCAUCGUGGACACCGUCACCCUGCAGUACCUCGGCAGGGCGCGCGACCGCUACGGCCUGCAGAGGAUGUGGGGCUCGCUGGGCUGGGGUCUGGCCAUGCUGCUGGUGGGCAUCUGGAUCGACCACACGCACAUGACCGUGGUGAUUGACGGCGUGGGCUGCGUCGUGCCCGACUUCCGCCUCCACAAUUACCAGAUCGCCUUCAUUGUCUUUGGCGUGCUGAUGGGCGCCGCGUUUGUCGUCGCCACUCAGUUUUACUUUGACAACGGCGGCGACUACAGGCAGGAGCUUCCGGAGGGGGCGGCCGAGGACGGGAGCGGCCCGCGAUCGUCACCCGAGUCCGACUCCUCGGGCCGGACGGCCAUCGGCCCAGACGCCGCCCAGGAGUUCCGCUACAGCGAUCUGCUGAAGCUGCUCUGCAGCGUGCGCUACAGCUCGGUGCUGUUCGUCGCCUGGUUCAUGGGCUUCGGCUACGGCUUCGUCUUCACCUUCCUGUACUGGCACCUGGAGGACCUGCACGGGACCACCACGCUGUUCGGGGUCUGCUCGGUCCUGAGCCACAUCUCGGAGCUCGUCGCCUACUUCACCAGCCACAAGUUCAUCGAGCUGGUCGGACACGUCAGGGUGCUGUACAUCGGCCUGGCCUGCAAUACCGCUCGCUACCUGUACAUCUCCUACCUGAAGAACGCCUGGACCGUCCUGCCCAUGGAGAUCCUCCAAGGUGUGACCCACGCCUCAGUUUGGGCCGCCUGUAUCUCCUAUCUGAGUGCCGCGGUCCCGCCGGCCCUGAGGACAUCGGCGCAGGGCAUCCUGCAGGGCCUCCACCUCGGCCUGGGCCGCGGCUGCGGAGCCAUGGUGGGGGGAGUGUUUGUCAACUACUUUGGUGCGGCAGAGACGUUCAGAGGAAUCGGCAUGGCCUCCCUCGUCAUCCUCCUAAUCUUCUCCUUCAUCCAGUGUCUGACUGGAGAGACGGAGGAGAAAGAGGACAGAAUGCUGGCCGAGAACAUCCCGGUCCCCUCCAGCCCAGUUCCCAUCGCCACCAUCGACCUGGUGCAGAGCCAGACCGUCCCCGGGAGCCCCGCCCCGGCACACCCGGCCGGCCUGCUGCCCAUCGUGAAGACCAAACACCAGGAGGAGCAGGAGGACGUGAGCAGACCCGCCUGGGUGCUCUCGGGCGCCCCCUGGGUCACCAUCGCCUUCGCCAUCGUCCAGAUCAAGGAGAUGAUGAACAUGGUGAAGAGCCGCGGGCCGCCCACAGAGACUCAACCGCUGCAGGUACCUAAUGAGCAGGCCGAGUACAAGGCAGUGGCGACGUCACACAGAAACCCAGGUGAUGACGGCACAGAGGCGCCCACGCAAACAAACACCGCCCAUCCAGCGCCCACAGACUCUAACGAGGACAAAGACCAAACGCGCCCGACCUCAGACAGUGGGGGAGAAAACCCAGCUGAAAACACACACUGACUGUUCAGUCCAAAUCGGUUUUCCUUUACACACCGCUGCUUUUUUGCUUAUGUCACUGUACGUCCUUAUAACAUGAAUCAGUAUCUUGGCAAAACUCUGCAUUUAUAUACAUGUAUUGUACAAACCGGUUUGAAAUGAGGCAAGAAAAUAUCUGGCAAACAAGUUGGAAAUACUCCAACUCAGACAUGACUGUUAAUAGAUUGUUUUUUUUUUUGCAAAGGGGAGUUUGGGUUGAAUGUUUGGAUGAAUGUGGAGGUACACUAGGUGGCUGCUUUUUUUUUUUCCCCCCUUCAGAGGUGGUCAAAUCUAAUGCACCUCGCAGCGCUGUGCACUAUUUAUUUUCUGCCCUCUACCGGUGGAGUGUUAUUUAUUAACUUAAUCUACUUUUUUUUUUUAAAGUAAUGAAAUCUGACAAUGUGGGGGUAUGAUUCAGCAUUUUUGAUUCCACAAGAACACAAACAGCUCUUAAAAGAAGCGACAACUUUAUGCCGACACAAAACUUAACACAUUAAAAUGCAUUUUUAACGGGGUCUUAAUUUGUUUACACCAUCAGUUUGCACACCAAUAAAUUCACAAUAAAAGUGCUGGUUUUUACAUACCCCAUAAUUUUACACCCUAUCAUCCCGACACACAAAUAAGCCUUGAAAUGAGUUCGAAAAUGAGUUGACGGGGAUUCAUAUUUCGAUGAACAGAAACCAAAAUGUAACUUUACUGGCAGGAAUUAGUGUUAUGUGUAUGCUGCGGGGAAAAUACUGGAACAUACUUUGGCCGGCAUGAUCGCGAAACGGGUAUUAAAUGAUAUUGUCUGAGCUGUUAAAAAGUCUAAACAGCUAGCUCGUUAAAUCCUGCCCAAACCCUGCUAUGAUAAUCCUCUAAAUGAAUUUAAUUAAUGAGCUUCUUUUGCCCGACUUGCAUCAUUUUCCCUGCAGCUCUGCAGCAAACCGCCUGUGGCCUUAGGAUUUGGGAACCAGUGUAAUACUUAAAAAAAAAAAAAAAAAAGAACAGUAGUUGCAAAAUCUUGUUGAAUUUCUUUCAAAAUGCAGGCUCA